AUGAGUUGGGAUCUUUCCUCGAACAGAAUUACCGUAAUACAGGACAAUGUCUUCAAUGGUUUACAAAACCUUUCUGAACUGUAUCUUAGCUAUAAUCAAAUUACCGUAGUACCGGAAAAUGCAUUCAAAGGUUUAAAAAACAUUUCCAUACUGGACAUCGAGGGAAAUCAAAUAACUGUAUUAGACAAAAGAUUUAUCAAAGAUCUGCCUAAAUUGAAAAGAUUAGCAGUAGAGAGAAACCCUCUGCACUGUGACUGCAUCUUAGCAGAAUUUCUCAGUUUUGCCAAAUCAAGAAAGGUGACAUUAAAGUAUGACAAAGAACCUGAAUGUUCAACUCCCGGUGAUCUGACAGGAGUGCUGCUAAAGGAUCUCUCAUUAGAAGAAAUGGGCUGUUAUCUCACUACAACUACUAAAGAAGAUCACACCAUAGUAACAACAACAUCACUGGAAACGUCAGGUAUAAUUAUCUUUUCUUACUUUAAUCCUGCACUGAUUUGUCUGCGUAUUCUCAUAGUAAUUCGGUAAUAAGCACCGUUUAGAACUCAGCUGACCUUGAAAGGUAAGGAAGGUAUUC